GGCCAUGGCGGCGGGGAGCGGGGACGGCGCCGGGACCGGGACGGGGACCGGGAGCGGGGCCGGGGCUGUGCCCGCCGCCACCCGGCUGAGGGCCUACGCCUGGUGCCGAGAGUUCCUGGCCGGCUCCUGGACUCAUCGGCCCGACGAGUUCGUCAUCGGGCCCGUCAGCGGGGGGCUCAGCAACCUGCUCUUCAAGUGCGCGCUGCCCGAGCACAUCCUCAGCGUGGGCGACGAGCCCCGGCAGGUGCUGCUGCGCGUCUACGGGGCCAUCUUGCAGGGCGUGGACUCGCUGGUGCUGGAGAGCGUGAUGUUCGCCAUCCUGGCCGAGCGCGCGCUGGGGCCGCGGCUCUACGGCGUCUUCCCCCAGGGGCGGCUGGAGCAGUACAUCCCGAGCCGCCGGCUGCGGACCGAGGACCUGCGGGACCCCGACAUCUCCAGGGAGAUCGCGGUGAAGAUGUCGCGCUUCCAUGGCAUGGUGAUGCCCUUCAACAAGGAGCCCAAGUGGCUCUUCGGGACCAUGGAGUGGUACCUGAAGCAGAUUUCGGAGCUCACCUUCUCCGAGGAGGCGCAGCUGAAGAAGCUGAACCAGCUGAAGUCCUACAACCUGCAGCAGGAGAUGAAGAGCCUCAGGGAGCUGCUGGAGGCCACCCCCUCGCCGGUCGUCUUCUGCCACAACGACGUGCAGGAGGGGAAUAUCCUGCUGCUGGCCGGGCACGAGCCUUCCCCCUCGGACAAGCUGAUGCUCAUCGACUUCGAGUACAGCAGCUACAACUACCGCGGCUUUGACAUCGGGAACCACUUCUGCGAGUGGGUCUACAACUACACACACGGCUCCUGGCCCUACUACAAGGCUUCCCUGGAGAACUACCCCAGCCGGCAGCAGCAGCUACAUUUCAUCCGGCACUACCUCUCGGAGGAUUCGGGGCGGCGCGGGGACACGACGCACGAGGAGCAGGCUCGCAUCGAGGAGGAGAUGCUGACAGAGAUCAACCGGUUCGCUUUGGCCUCGCACUUCUUCUGGGGCCUCUGGUCCAUCCUGCAGGCGAAGAUCUCCACCAUCGAGUUCGGGUACCUGGACUAUGCCCAGAGCCGCUUCGAGGCCUAUUUCCAGCACAAGGCGCAGUGCUGCUGAGACCCAACGGAUCCCCGGCCCUGCCUGCGCCCCCCCCCCAGCCCCCCGACCGUGCCGUGGGGCCACAGACGCUGCCCCCCUCCCACGGGGGCUGCAGGAGGCGGCCGUGGGGCUGGUCCCUGCCGUGGCUGCCCCCCUGGAGGAUGGGGACGGGGCAGGGGACGGGGCUGCGUCGGGGCAUGGGGUGAGCUGCGGGGCUGCCUGGGUGUGAGGGGAAAGGGGAUGGCCCCCCCCAAAAAAGGGGAUUCCCCCCCCCCAAAGAGGGGACACAGGCCCGGGGCUUCGCCUUCACCAUCACUGCUGUAGGCAAAGGAGGCUGCAGCCCCUGCUGCCCCCCCAGUGCCUCUGAAGACCCCCCCAGCCUCUGCAGACCCCCCCCAGCCUCUGCAGCCCCCCCCGCCCCUUCAGCCCUGACCUCCCCCUGCAGCACGGGGGGGGGGGUUGGAGCCAUGGGCACGGCACUGGUGGGACCCCCUCGGUGCCCCCCGGACCAGGAGGGGUCGCGGGUGGCCACGGGUGGUCCUGCGCCCUGCAAGGGCUGCGCGUGGGGGUGCUGGGGGCAGGGGGGGCUCUGCACAUGCAUCUCACCCCCCCCAGCUUUCCCCCACCAUCUGGGGCCAGGCAGGACCCCCGAGCUGCUCUGUGCCCCCCCUGUGCCCCCCUGCCUGGCUCCUCGCUGCCUUGGCUGCGCAGCCGCUGCUCGGCUCGGGGGGGGGGGCUGGGGGCUGGGGGCUGGGGGCUGGGGGCCCCCCGACAGCAGAAUGUACAGUCCUGGACCAAUAAACACUGCGCUGGUGCA